GGUGGGAGACAUUCCUAUCAUACGAAGAUCCGGAAAAGGACAUUCUCGUUGGGCUAUUGCGGUUGCGCAAGUGCUCCGAUGAGGGUACUUUCCGUCCAGAGUUGGUACGACGACCGCCUCAAGAAGGGGAGGAGGAAGGUGGGACCGUUAGUAUUGUUCGGGAACUUCACGUAUACGGAACGGCCGUUCCUGUAUUCGGCACCAAAGUCCUUCAUCCUUUGCAAUGCGAGCUCUCUAAGGUUCCCAGAAUUCUCGCACCCACUAGAGACCAAAGGAAGCGGGAUGUCACUGAAACGAGAUUUAGGGGGGUUGACUAUUGCUGA